CUCGAAUUGAUUUGAAGUGAUAAUUAACUUGAAUGAGGAUAUAGUGCAGUGCGAAAAUUCGACGAAAAACUAAAAUUGCCUUGAAAUGGAGAUCUUGCUAUUAUUUUUGGCAGCUCUAGUGACUUCAGCUCGGUCGCAGUAUAAUGGAUAUGUAGCACGUGCGCAGUUUGGUGGAUAUGAAUAUCCUAAACCGUCAUGCCAACUGCAAUACGAUACGCAAUACAUCACCUCAACUGUAUCAAGAGUAGAUUAUCAAACUAUCACUAUUCAAGCUCCAGCGAUCACUCAAUAUGUUCCAGAACUAAUCACACAUACCGAAUACUACACUGAAACUGUUCCUAUUUACAACACUGUGACAAGUACCAGUACUGUGAUCCAAACUCUACCUCCUCCUCCACCUGAGACAAUCUACAAUACUGUCACUCAACCACCAGUGUUAUUAACCCUCGUUUCUACCCUAGUUAAGCCCUCUCCAGUGUACUCAACUAUAAGGGACGUAGUAACGAUAACCCAGCCUCCGAUAGUGCUUCCAGCCCAAACAAUAACUAAUACCAUUACGCAACCACCUGUUACUAGAGUGCAGACUAGCGUUUAUACACAAACCGUACCUGUUGUGACUAGAAUCACGAGUUCUGUCACUGUUCCUGGGCCAACUAUCACUCUGCCACCAGUGACUAGAACUGAAACACAAACUUUACCUCCGGUUACCAGCUUCAGCACAUCGUAUAUUACCACAACUACUCCUGUUAUUCAGAUCUCGACUGUCACUCUUCCAGCGAUUACACGUACACUUCCUGCCCAAACGGUUGUAAAAACAACGACUUUGCCUCCUGUUACAACAACCUCGACCUCUAUAAUCACUACACCAUCUCCCGUCUACCGCACAAUCACAAACACAAUUACUUCAACGUUGCCACCCCCACCACCGAUCACGCAAACCAGUUAUAGCACCAUUACUCAACCACCGCAGACCAGAACUCAAACUCUGACCAAAACAUCGACCCAGCAUGAUACGCAGAUCAUUACGAAUACGAUUACCAACACCGUGACCACCCCUGUUCCACAGUACAUUACAAAAACAAUCACACUGCCAGCGGUGACCAGUACCAUCUGUAAACCAACGAAUGCCUAUCUUCCAGCGGCUUACGCCAACUAUCAGCCUCAGUACCAAAACGAGCAGUACAAUGUCAAUCAGCCUAGGUAUAAUGACGUCUACUAGUCUUGAAAAUAUAUUUAAUUUCUACUAACUUGACAAGUGAUACUCAACUAUAUGACUGUAAAUGAAACCGUUGUUAGCAGAACAGCAGGGAAAUAUAAUUUUCUGCUUUGAAAGUAACGCUUCGUAAGAAUUUCAAAUAAUAUAAAAAACGAAAUAAAACGAUCGAUGUAAAACAAAUAUAA